UCGUGCUCUUCUCCAACAAACUCAUCUCUUUUGGCGGCGGCCGCGGCCAUGGAUGAUGCGGCGGCGGCUUCCGCAUCCAAGAAGCGGAAGCGGGACGAGCCCGAAGCGCAAGAUCCCCCGGCGACCAGGGAUGGCGGCGGCGACGAGGGCCUCGACCUCAUCAGCCGCCUCCCCGACGAGCUCCUCGGCACCAUCAUCUCCCUGCUCCCCAGAACCAAGGAAGCCGCCCGAACGGCCAUCCUCUCCUCCCGGUGGCGCCACAUCUGGCGCACCACCCCACUCAACCUCGUCGCCAGAGGACUCUCCGGGCAAGAGCGCAAGCGCGUCGCCAUCGUCUCCAAGAUCCUCGCCGCGCACCCUGGCCCCGCCCGCCGCCUCGCCCUCUACGGCAUCCGCCUCGGCCGCGAACGCUACGCCAAGUUCAACGGCUGGUUCCGGUCCCCCGCCCUCGAUGGCCUCGAGGAGCUCGGCUUCACCUCCUCCGGUGACGCCUACUCCCGCAACGGGGGCACCAGGCCACCGCGCCCGCUGCCGCCUUCCGUGCUCCGGUUCGCGCCCACCCUACGCGCCGUCAGCAUCGGCCGCUGCGAUUUCCCCGAGAUUAAUGCUGCCCCAGCGCUUGUUCUUCCUCGGCUGAAGCAGCUCAAUCUGUACGACGUCGUGAUCUCGGAGGCGGCCAUCCACCGCCUGCUCGCAGGUUGCAUUGUGCUCGAGCGCCUUCAGCUUCAGAGCCUCCGCGGACUCAGCAUCGUCCGAAUCGUUUCACCGACUCUCCGGAGUAUUGAUGUCUCUGUAUGUUCCCACCCUGAAGCAGAUGUGCUGUCUCAGCAGCUUGUCAUUGAGGAUGCACCUUGCCUUGAGCGAUUGAUCUCAUGGGGUCCAGUUGGUGGCCCAAAGACAAUCAGGGUCAUCGUGGCGCCGAAAUCUCACGCUGCCGAUUUCCCUGAGAUUAAUGCUACCCCUGCACUUCUUCUCCCUCGGCUGAAGCAGCUCAAUUUGUACGGUGUCGUCAUCUCGGAGGUGGACAUCCACCGCCUGCUCGCAAGCUGCAUUGUGCUCGAGGCCCUUGACCUUCACAGCAUCCGCGGGCUCAGCACUGUCCGGAUCUUCUCACCGACUCUUCGGAGUAUUGGUAUCUCUGUAUAUUCCCACUCCAAAGGAGAUGUGUUUCAGGAGCUUGUCAUUGAGGAUGCACCAUGCCUUGAGAGAUUGAUUUCAUUUAAUGGAAAUGGCCCAAGGACAAUCAGAGUCAUUGGAGCGCCUAAACUGACAGUGCUGGGCUAUGUGUGUAACAAAAUCUUCAAACUUGAGAUUGGAACCACAAUUGUUAAGGAAAUGAUCCCCAUCAACUUCACCCUGCCGGUGCGCACAGUGAAGAUCUUGGCUCUAGAAUCCAUCGGUCCUAAUUUGGAUGCAGUUGUUGGAUUACUUAGAUGCUUUCCAUGCACCGAGAAGAUAUACAUCCAGUCAUUGGUUAGGAAGGAUAUGAAAAAUGUGUGGCAGCAUGAUAUACUCGAUCCAAUUGAAUGCCUUGUUCACCAUCUUGGAAAAAUUGUAUUGGAGGGCUAUGUAGGCAUGAGACCCGACGUUAACUUCGCCAAGUUCUUUGUUCUAAAUGCAAGGGUGCUCAAGGUGAUGAUAUUCGGCCUCUCUGAUGACCGCAAUGAGGAAUGGAUGGCUAAUCAACACAGGCGGCUGCAGCUAGAUAACAGAGCCUCUAGAAAUGCUCGAUUUGAUUUUAAAAGAGUUAAUGGUAACCGUAACAUGCACAUCCAUGAUAUGAGGAUGCCUGAUCCCUUUGAUAGCUAAAUAUGUCGACCAUGCUCACGGCUGCUGCAUGAGACUGUGAACUUCCUCAAGGCAGUAAGCUGAUCCCUUGCUGCUUCGUUUAUUUUCUUCUCUUUGGGGCUUGAGUGAGGAGGGCAUCAUUGAUUGUAAGCUGCCUUUUUCAUUUCUCUUAUGUUCUGUGCGGUUGUUGUGUUUUGUGCACCGUAAGGUGUUCAUUCAGCACACCUCUGUAUCUUGUGACCAUUUGGGGCCUUCUAAGAUGUAAUGCCUUUUGUCUAGAAAAAUGUUUUUGAUCGGUUU